UUCUCCAACGGUCGUCUCCAGGUUGUUUCACCACUUCACAACCACCUUUCCCUCUCAAUUUUGCUACACAUUCAAAUUCAACGAAUCAUUCUCAAAGGAAAUGGAGGGUUCUGUCAUGGCUCUUCCGUCUUCAACGCCCGCUAAGCCCCCUGCAACUCCAAAACCAUCUGCAUCAGAUGAAAACGAACACUACUAUCAGCAAUUGGGAAGCCCCAAUUUGUCUAACCCCAAGAAAUCGAUGAAAAAGCACUACAUGUCGCCAACUAUAUCCGCGGCUUGUAAGGCAGUUUCUUCAAGAAAGAACAUCUUAGGUGAAAGAAAUGAGGUUUCUGAAUCAGUUUUUUCCAAUACCCAUGUUGAAAAGGCCACACCCUUAACCCCUCCAGUUUCUAAAUCCCUUUGUGAUGAACAAAAUGUUGUUUCGGAUGAUUUGUCUUCAAGGCCUUAUGACCCAGUUACCAAUUACCUUUCUCCGAGGCCUCAAUUCCUCCGAUACAACCCGAAUAGGCGCCGUGAGUUGAUUCUUGGCCUAGGAAAUAGCAAUAUUGCUGAAGGAAUUGAUGGGUUGAGUCUUAGUAGCAGUGGUUCUUUUGAAUCCCAGAAGGCUAGUGAUGAGGAAGGUGGUUCUGUUACCACUUCUAGUUCUUCUGAUAAGCAGGGAGAUGAAGAUGUUGAGGAGAUUGAUGAAAAAAGCGAGGGGAUUGAUGAAGUGAUUGAGGGGAGGGAUGAAGUAAGUGAGGGAAGUGAUGGGGAGAUUGAGGAAAGUGAUGAGGAAGAUGAGGAGGUUGAGGAAGAGAAGAAGAAGGGUUGUAAUUUGAAAGGGGUAAUGAAAAGUUUGCUUGUUUUCGUGGUUCUAGUACUAUUUACCUCACACAUGGCUUCUAUGAACCAGGAGACCCUCUUUGAGAGUGUUGAGGAGGCGUAUUUGAGGAGUGAGAACCAUACAUUUGAAACUGAUUCAUUGAAGAAACUCGAAAGUGGAAGUAAUCUCUGGGAUCAUAGAGAAGAAGGGAAAUGGGGUUUAGUGGGAGGAGUCAAAGGAGGUAUUGAUAUAGGGAUUGAGGAGGGAAAGGGGGUUGAACCUGUAGAACAUGAGCUCGGAAGUGAAGUUCUGGGUCAAGAACAACAGAUAAAAAUGGAUAUAAUGGAAGGACACUGGAGAGUUGAUGAGGAGGUUAAGGACGAAGUGAAGGUUGAAGAUGAGAAAUUGGGAACUGUAGAACAUGCUGAUAAGCCAAGAGAAGUGUUAGCAUCACAAGCUGAAGAAAGUGAAGCUUUACAACUGACUGAAGGAGAAGAGAAAAGGGGAGUUGAUGACUUGGGUGAAGUGGUAGUGCUAGAAGUUGAAGAUAUUGAAGAGAUUUCUGAUCAACUACCUGAGAAUUCUGAGUUGCGGGACGUUUUUUCUCCAGGAAAUGAUGAAUCUUCUCAACUUAAUCAGACACCAUCUAUGGCUGAUGAGGUUGAUCUUCGCAAUCUAGUGUCCGAUGCUUCAAAUGCUUUUGAAGUAGAAGGCAAGGUUGCAGUGGAGCCAAUUCAUGAAAUGAUUGAGAGCAAAAUGGAGGGAAAAGAGUAUUCUAGUAACAUGAUGGCUGAAUUUGUUAUGUCAGAGACCAUGGAUGAUGAUAAAACAGGCCUUGCUGGUGAAAUUCUGAAUUCAGGAGCAGAACAGAAAUGGGGGGAGGAGCUACUCAACCACAUGAAAUCCAAGACAUUUUAUAGAGCUAUUGCUGUUGGGGUCUCAAUAUUUUCACUAGUUGCAGUCUCUUUGGCUUUGGUGUUUCACUUAAGGCGAAAGAAGGCUAUCAGCAAGGAUUCUUCGGUGAUAGCGAAUACUGGUUCCAUGAAGAAUCUGAUAAUAGAGCAGAAGAAAAUGAUUGGGAAGUCUGCAAUAUCAGAGAAAUACAACUCAGCACUUUCCAACAGAGAAGGGGACAAUAGCAUUGAGCAAGAUGUUUACUCAUCUUUUAGAAGGAUGUCUUUGUCUUCCAAUUCAAAUCAUUCAUCUGAUGAAGGUUCAGAAGCGUACCAUAGCAAGGCACCAAGAAUUGAAUUGCUGGGUGAGUUUGUGGUUGGAGAGGUCAGCAGCUCUCUAAGAAGUUGUGGUUUGAAAAACAAGAUGAUAGAAGGUGAAGAAAGCAAUUAUGCUGUUUCAUCAGAGAAGAAGUCAAGGAGCAAGGCUCAUUCAGUUUCAAUUCAACAGCAGCCGUCUGUGUCAGAGUUUUCUUACAUGGGUUCCUUUCCACAUGGAAGCUAUACUUCUGAGAAGAAGAUAAAGCCAACUGAGUCAGAGUUCUCUUCCAUGGAUACUUCACAUGGAAGCUAUACUUCUGAGAAAAUUGUCAAGAUGAAGGAGGGUGGCAAAAAUGGAGAAGUCAAAGUCAUUGCAACCCCAGUGAGGCGAUCAAGCAGAAUUCGCAGCAAAACAGUAAUGUCCCCAUGAAUCUUCUGGCCUUGCAUCGAAUGCAUCUAAUAUUCUAACUUGCCCCAAGCAAGCAGCAGCUAAUUUGUUCUCUUUAGUUCAGUAUUCUUCCACUGAAGAGUGUCUGGAGAAUUGGCUCUCUGAUGUGUGUCAAUGGUAGAGAAACUGAUCUGUUUCAGUAUGUAGGAGGCAUUGGAUGGAUUCCAUUUUAUAUCAUUCUAUGUCUUUAUUUG